AUGGCUAGCCCCGCACCCUUCGUGGCCUCCAUCAGCCACCAAAUGGUGGCUCUGCAGACCCUGCAGCUGCUGCAGCAGGAGUGGGGCUGGGGGGAUGAUCCGGGCACCCCAAGGAGCCCGCGGGACCCUGAUCACGUGUCCGCUUCCCCAGCGCGUCGCUCAGGCCCUCGGCGGGCCCGGCCUGGGCGCGAGGAGGGGGGCGGGGACAGGGGCGCCAGGAAUGAGGGAUCUGGGACUCGGGCGAGCUCCCCUGAGGUGGAAGUGGUGCGAGGCGCCGAGGGGGGCGUGGAGCUGCUGCCCUUUCCCCCGGACCACAGGCCCUGCAGUCUGGCCCGAAUGGCGAUGCGCAGCGCGCUGGCCCGCGUGGUGGACUCGACCUCAGAGCUGGUCAGCGUGGAGCAGACGCUGCUGGGCCCCCUCCAGCAGGAGCGGUCCUUCCCCAUCCAUCUGAAGGACAGUGUUGAGUUUAGAAACAUCUGCAGUCACCUGGCUCUACAAAUUGAAGGACAGCAGUUUGACAGAGAUUUGAAUGCUGCCCACCAGUGUUUGAAGACAAUAGUCAAGAAGCUGAUUCAGUCACUUGCUAACCUUCCUUCAGAUGCCCACGUGGUAGCCUGUGCUUCUUUGAGACAGAUCUUACAGAAUCUCCCAGACAUAUGAGUGUUCAAGCCUCGGGGACUAAAACCACAGUGAGCACUACUCA